AUGGAUUUCUCAAACCCUGCGUUUCGGACUACGCCAACGUCUAAGGUCUCAGACGACACCAUGUCCCAUGCAAACCUCGUGAUGGCGUGUAGAUGGGGCUGGACCAGCACUCCCGAAGAAGGUACAAACGCACCUUUCGCCUCUUCAUCGAUAUCACAACAAACACCCGUCUCCACGUUCAACAACAUCCGAACCAGGCGUUUCGCGCCGUGUCAAGGACGUCUCUACCAUCAACUUCUCUGCUCUCAUCGUAUCCGGACGGACCUAGUCGAGGACUGUGGCGCAAACUGCAUCGAACCGUAUGGUAGUACAGUGGAUGCCGCUUUUAUUUGCAACGAAUGCAUCCAAGCCGAAGCAACAAAGAUCUGGGAAGAGCGACAAGCGCAACACAAUGCGGCUUACCCACCUAUGGAGCAGAUGAGUAAGGAGCAGUACGAGCAGUGGUACACUGAGCACCGACAACUUGAAGCAGAAUUCUUGCGCGACCAGCGAGUGUACGAAUUGGAGCUGAAAUCCAAGACUCGACCGAGCAACAUCUGCUCUGUACUAGAAGCUAGCAAAGAAGAGAUGGAGUUCGCAACUGAACUUGACUCUCUAUCACUCUCACUAAUGGCGUCGAAUAAUUCGAAUGUCGAGCAGGCGCCAUACCAGCCCCAAGGACGUACGCGCACGAGCUUGGCGACAGAUCCUGAGGAACAGCUUCAUUGGGAUCUAAACACGCUUGCUUUGGAUCGAGGCGCUUGUGGUAUAGAGUACUCGGGCUCACAAUCGAGCAACGGCGUGUCUUCAGUACGGCAACUGGACCCUGAAGAGUUAUGGAGGAAGCCACGGAACUAA